GUCAAGUUCAGAAUCGUUAUUAAGGAUGUCAAGACCUUGGGCCCUUGUUUGUUUGCUCUUGCUAAUUGUAUUUACAUCACAAUUUGAAUGGAAGCAACAGUAUGGAAAUGAGAUUGAGGCAACUCCAGAUACUUCCCGGAGGCAACAAUAUAUAUCCGAAAGAGAAGAAUCUAUCAAAGAAAGAAUUAUCCUCUCUCAGGAGAAAAAUAUACAGAAACUUAACGAGCUUGUACAAAGUCUACGGGAACAAUUGCUUCAGUGCAGGGGUGAAAAUGAGGUUGACAAUGGCACCACAGCUCCCCUGACAGAACUUCUAACUGAGCUUGAGAGGCAGCCUGUCCUGGAGGACUAGUCCUGGCUUGUACGUGUUAGUUGUCAACUUACCUAAACUUGUAAGUAGGAAGAACUUCUCUUUAUAAGAAUCCAGCUUCACCGUCGAAUUGCAGAAACAGUAAUAAAUCUCCCCCAUUAUUGUAUGUUGUCUAACUUGUAAGUAUCUAAGUGUGACAAGAGGGGGUGGUGUGGUGCUUUGGAAUUUCAUAUGUUUCCAGUUUCUGUAUUCCAUUUAAAUCUGCUAAAGUUGUAGACUGGAUAUCACCCAAUCUUAAACUGUAGCAGUGAAUAUUUUGAUAGAAAUGAUAAAUAUGAUAAAUUGAUGACAUGUUGGGUGGUUGA